AUGUCAGUCCAGCCAACAUCCACCAACAUGUCAACCAAGCUUUCCCUGGCAGCAGGAUGCUACUGGGGAACAGAGAAGUUCAUCGUCCGGGAUUUCCAGAAGCGAUUCCCUAACAGCAUUCAGUCUGCCCAAGUCGGUUUUAUGAACCCUACUCCCAUGAAGCGCAAGUCUCCUCCCACAUACCGUGAAGUUUGCAGUGGAGUGUCUGGAUAUGUGGAGGUAUUGGAUGUCACUCUGGAAGAUGCCUCCUUGAUGGAAGAGUUGAUUCGCUUUUUCUUCAUGUUCCAUGAUCCAACCACCAAGAAUCGCCAGGGGGGUGAUGUGGGCACCCAGUACGCUUCUGCCAUCUUUUGCUCUGAUGACCAGCAGAAAGCCAUUGCUUUGAAAGUCAAAGCAGAGCUGCAGCAGGCAGUCUCAAACGGGGAUAUCAGUUCUUACCAGAGGGGUGUAGUUGAGACAGGCAUCUUGUCCUAUACAGAGUUCCACCCUGCACAUGAAGCCCACCAGCAAUACCUUGAAAAGAAUCCCUCUGGAUAUUGCAACCACUACUACCGCUUCCGCCAGUGGCCUAAUGUUGAUAUGGGUGGGAGCAUGGAAAAGGAACAGAAGGAACCAAUGGGAGAAACAAAGACGAAGAAAUGGAGCAUCAAGAAGGCCGUUUCCCCCAUCACAAAGGUCUUCAAACGCUCAGCCUAG